AUGCAAAACGAACUCGACGAAGAGGCAAGCAAUCUUCCUUUUGAAGACCUUGGUGUGGACUCUUUUGAUGAGGAUGAAAAUACGCUUACACUUGAUGAGUUUUUUGAAAUUACAUUUGGAUCUGAUCCGCUGGAUUUUGACUCCACUCAAUUUGUUACAGAAGAAUUAACAGUUGAAAUGGUGAAUAAAUGCGUGGAACGCGCUCUCCAAAUCUCUUCACACGGAAUUUUGCGGGACCUGUUUCCUUAUCUUAUCGAUAUCCUUAGCCGCACA